AUGUGGUCACAGUCCGCUGCUUCACAGGAUCGGUCUGUGUUGACGGAAGAGGCACGUAAUCAGAGUGCGUGUGGCCUGGUGCUGUGGUGGGUGCAGGCCCUAAGGCGAGCAGCCAUAGCCCAGUGGGAGGUGGGCGAGUUCGAGGAGCUUCUAAAAGAAAGAAACGCCGACCCAGACCCCCAGCCCCCCUGUGGAGAGCAGGGCAUGAUGGAGGAGGAGGAGGUGGACGAGGUGGACGAGGUGGAGGUGGAGGUGGAGGAUGAGCGGGCCCUGGAAACAGAGGCCUCAGAGCCCUUCGAGCGUGACGUCCCUGGAGAGAGGAGCGGCCAUGUGGCAGUAGUGGACCGUAGCGCCCUCUAUGUGUGGGGAGGAUACAAGAAUGGUCAAAGCCAUGGCUUCUUUGACCUGUACCUGCCCAGGAAUGAGAUCUGGAUGUACGGCAUGGAGACCCGAGAAUGGACCAAGUUGGUUACCGGGGGCAACCUGCACACCUCCAUGUCCGGCAGCUGCGCGGCCUGUGUGGACGGCGUGCUCUACCUGUUCGGAGGCCACAACGCCAGAGGAAACACCAACAUGAUUUACCGUUUGCCCCUGCACACCUACCUCCUGACCUGGGAGGAGAUGACGGAGCUGAAGGGGACCCCGCCUUCGGCCAAGGACAAGCUGGGCUGCUGGGUCCACAAGAACAAGAUCGUGUACUUCGGUGGAUACGGCUACGCUGCCCACGAGCACAGAGGCACUUUUGAAUACGACGAGUCUUCCUCGCUCGGGUGGGACAGUCCGGGCCGAGGCUGGAACAACCACGUGCACGUGUUAGACCUGGAGACCCAGAGCUGGAGCCAGCCCAUCACCACGGGCCCGGCUCCGUCGCCGCGGGCCGCUCACGCCUGUGCCACGCUGGGGAACAGAGGAUAUGUGUUCGGAGGCCGCUUCAAAAACUACAGGCUGAACGACCUGCACUACCUGGACCUGGAGACAUGGGAGUGGCACGAGCUGUGUGUGCCCGCGCAGGGGCCGGUGGGGCGCUCAUGGCACUCCUUCACCCCAGUAUCCCGGGACCACAUCUUCCUGUUUGGAGGCUUCACCACUGAGCGCGAGACCUUGAGUGAUGCUUGGCUGUACUGUGUGAGCAGCAACGAAUGGAAGCCAUUCAAACACAGCCACAGUGAUAAGCCCAGGUUGUGGCACACCGCCUGUCCCGGAGAAGACGGGGAGGUGUUUGUGUUCGGAGGAUGUGCCAACAACCUGCUGUCCCACCAGAGAGCUGCUCACAGCAACAAACUCCUGACCUUCUACGUCCAGCCCAAGUCGCUCUUCAGGUUCAGUGUGGACUCCAUCGUUGCUCACCGCGACCUGCUGUCCCGCAGAGGACGAGGCAGAGCAACACACUGGGCUCCUGACGCCGCGGACCACAGCCUCAUCCAGGGAGCACCUGCAGAGUGA